GGAUGCAAUUGUGAAGCGAUGUCGUUUAAGUCAACGAAGCUGUAAAUGUUUGUUGCUAAUCAUUACUCGAAGAAGCUUACCGGACACUCAAAUGCACCCAAAUGCUUCAGUUUAUAAAAACGGAUAAAAUCCGAAGGCGUGACCGUGACUCCUCACUUACACUGUUUUCAUCUCUCCAAAGUUUGAUCGAAAAUUAUCGUUAAACUAACCGUCUCCAUGCCGAUCCCUUCAAUCUCUCUCUUCCGUUACCGAACAAUCGCCGUUAACAACCUCCUCCGCCACGUGUCAACAAUCCACCUCCGUCAAGCCUCAAUCGUCACCGCCGCAGCUAAGCAGCAGCAACAAAAACCUAAAAACUUUGUUAACAAGAAUCUCCUCAGAGCCAAACAACACACUUUGAAAGAAUUCUCCUCUCUUGCUCCGGUUCUCUCACCACAGGACAAGCCGAACCUGACCGAGUCCCAAGCCAUAGGCACUGUUGCCGCGGCCCAAGCGAAUUUCAUGCGUGUGAUUGUCCAAUCAGAAACUUCUGGACCCUCCGAUUCUUCUGCCAGCAACGGUAUUGGAGUGGAGCUGCUUUGUGUGGUGAAAGCCGUACUGAAGAAGAUAAAACGGAGAGUAUUGGUAGGGGAUAAGGUGGUGGUCGGGUCCAUUGAUUGGGUGGACCGCAGAGGCAUGAUUGAAAAUGUGUUUCAACGGAGUACGGAGAUUCUGGACCCUCCGGUCGCCAAUGUGGACCAUUUGCUCGUGCUUUUUUCAAUGGACCAGCCCAAGCCAGAACCAUUUACGCUCACAAGGUUCUUGGUUGAGGCUGAGUCGACAGGAAUUCCACUCACUCUAGCAUUGAACAAAGUAGAGCUCGUUGAUAAGGAGACACUGGUUGGAUGGAAUACUAGGCUGCAUAGUUGGGGCUAUGAACCACUGUUUUGCAGUGUUGAAUCAAAAUAUGGUCUUGGCUCUCUUGCAUCAAAAUUGAAAGAUCAAACAACUGUAAUUGUGGGUCCAAGUGGAGUUGGGAAAUCUAGUCUUAUUAACGCUUUGAGAAGCAAUCCUAGUGUUACUGAUGCUGCUGAAGGGGAUAAUUGGUUUGAACCCAUUUUGGGAAGCAAAUGGUUUGAGGAUCAGCGUGUUGGGGAAGUUUCAACCAGGAGUGGCAGGGGAAAGCAUACCACUCGUAAUGUUUCUUUGCUUCCAUUAUCUGGAGGAGGUUAUCUAGCUGAUACUCCUGGGUUUAAUCAACCUAGUUUAAUAAAAGUAACUAAGCAAUCUCUUGCACAAGCUUUCCCCGAGAUUCAGAAAAUGUUGAAAGCCAACGAGCCCUUGAAAUGUACAUUCAACAACUGCUUGCAUCUAGGUGAACCAGGGUGCGUUGUAAAAGGGGAUUGGGAAAGAUAUCAAUACUAUUUUCAACUUCUUGAUGAGAUCAGAAUCAGAGAGGAGUUUCAGUUGAGGACAUUUGGAACCAAAAGAGAGGGUGAUGUAAGGUACAAGAUGGGAGACAUGGGAGUUCAGCAAGCUGAGCCACGAUUGGAGCUUAAAAAGCACCGAAGAAAGUCUCGCAAGAGGAUCAAUCAGUCGAUACUAGAUGAGUUAAAUGAGCUGGAUGAGGACGAAGAUGAGUUAAACUGGGAAAAUGAUCCCCUUUUGAGAGCUAUGAGGGAUGAAAGCCAGUAGAAAGUUUAAAAAAUACUGUGUAACUGAGUAGUUUCAUGACCAUUCUUUUUGUUACAGUGGCUAAACUGAACUUCUCGUGCAGAUACCAAUGUAUAAAAUUGUCUUUGUUAAA